AUGGAGAAACCAUGGAAGUGUGGCGACUGCGGGAAAGGUUUCCAUGUCCCGAAGAGCUUCAGCGAUUCCUCCGCCCGGCUGCGGCACUUGCGGGUGCACACAGGGGAGAGGCCCUUCAGCUGCUUCAAGUGUGGGAAGACCUUCAACGAUUCCUCCGCCCUGAUCAGGCACCAGCGGCUGCACACAGGGGAGAGGCCCUUCCGCUGCCCCGAUUGUGGGAAGGUGUUCACUCGCUCCUCCCACCUCGUGAUUCACCGGCGGGUCCACACCGGUGAGAAGCCCUUCCCCUGCCCCAAUCUACUGACGCACCAGCGGGUCCACACUGGGGAGAGGCCGUUUGCCUGCCCUGCGUGUGGGCAGAGGUUCACAAUGUCCUGCAGUUUGAACAAGCACCAGCAGAGGCACCAAUGCUCCCAACAAUCAGAUUCUGCCG